AUGGGAAGUUUCCUCUGCGUUACUGAAUGUGCUUUCGUACAAAAAGUAUCUUGAAACAUUCCGUAUCAUCUAAUAAUUACAAAGAGUUGCACUACUGCCGAAGCCUAUGACUGCAGGAAAUCCGUCUGGCCAGAUGGAAAGCAAAACCAACCCCUAGAAUUCAAAGAAGACGUUGCCGCUGCUGAGCUCUCGAGUUCACGCUUGCUGGCUCUGUAAAUUGACUUAUUCUGUCUUCUCAAACCAAGCGUUUUUUCAGGAGGAAUUUCAUGUUUCUGAAAUAUACAGUCGUAAACUUACUUCUAGUCAAAUAG